AUGACUGCAACUUACUUUAUUACCGGAGCUAAUGGCCAAAUUGGAUAUGCUGUCGUUGAAGAAUUAUCCAAAAGAUCUGAUGUUAAGAUCAUUGCAACAGUACGUAGCAUUGAGAAGGCAGAAAAACUUAUUCUGUUAAAGAAGAAGACAGGUAAUGUUGAAAUUGUCACCCUCGAUGUCGCUUCUGAAGAAAGUGUUGAUGCUUUAGAUGAGCAAUUGAAGAAGGUAGCACCAGAUGGAAUUGAUGUGUACAUUGCCAAUGCUGGUAUUUUCAAUCCUUUGUUCACUGUCAAGGAUGCACCACGCCAUAUUUGGUUGGAUCAUUAUAAGGCAAAUGUUUUGGGUCCAAUUUUAACUUAUCAAGUUUUGUACCCAUACCUUCUCAAGAAGGAUACAAGAAAAAUAAUCUUUAUCUCCAGUAGAAACAGUUCGAUCAGUCAAUAUUUCCCAUUUUCUGUUUCAGCUUAUGGUCAAUCAAAGGCUGCUUUGAACUACACUGGAAAGGAACUUAGUAGUGAAUUAGAGGCAGAAAACUUCACUGUCAUUUCUCUUAGUCCAGGUGUCGUCCUAAAUGAAAAAGCCGCAGGUUUAAUUGUUCACCUCCCUGCUGAAGUUCAAGAGGCAUUUAAGAAGGAGCAAAAUUCUCCACAGGAUUGUGCAAUUAAGCAACUCAAAGUUAUUGACGGCCUCACAAAGGAAUCAAAUGGUAAAUUCUUUAACUAUGAUGGAAGUGAAAUCCCAUGGUAA